AUGAAAAAAGACAAACUAAAAACAGGACAGAGGAAACUUGGGACAGACAAAGCUGAAGUGCUAACCAAAAAAGGACAUUUGGAAAAACUUAAGAAUAGUGAAAAUGAUAAAUAUACCAGAGUGAUUGUGAAUAUUAAGAAUCAAGAAAAAUCUUUGAAACAGGCUGUUAACAAACAUAUUGAAGAAAUAAGAAAUGAAGUGGAGCAAGAUCGAAAAACUGUUAUGCAAUCCAUUGAUGCUGACCUUGACACCAUAUCAAGAUCUAUGCAACAGUCUGAUGAAAAAAAUACUGUAAUAAAAGAUUUAAUCAACAGCACUAACAGUGCGAAGUUUUUCCUUGAAGUCAGCAGAAUAGAAAAUUCAAUGAGUGUACCAGCACCAAAAACCAAGUCAACCUACAAAUCCAUACCAGACUUUGUACCAGGGGAGAUAACUCAGACUAAUGUUGGGGUGUUACAAAGUAAGGACAGUCCAUUAGAAUUAAGUGUAACUCUUAAUAUCAAUAAACAAUAUCAGAUUGAACUUAGCCAUGUAUCAGAUAUAAUUCCUUGUUUAUAUGACAAGUCAAUCUGGAUGAAUUCCAAUUUAGAUGCACAGUUAAUGAAAGUAACUCCUGAAGGAAGCAAUUUGAGAAUAUGUUCUCUGAAUAUCAAAGUCUAUGGUAUGGCACUCACAGAUGACAAUGACAUAUUACUGGCAACUGGGAAAUCUAGAAUACAACAACUCAGCACUAUCACUGGCAAAAUAACAGACACAGUAUAUAACAUCUCACCUUUAAUAUCUACAACUGUCCAUGUGACAAGCAAUAACAAAGUCAUAAUAGGAGUUGUUAGUAGUGAUGUACAAUAUAAGGUAAUAGUAAUGAAUAAUAAAGGGGAGUAUGAAACUGUGUAUGGACAUGACCAACAUAAUCAACCUAUAUUUAAUUAUCCCCAGAGUAUAAGCAGUACUGGUAAUGGGAAUAUACACGAGGUAGAUUAUUAUCCAGGUAGUGAAAGAGGUAAAGUGGUGGUUUUAGGACAGGGAGGAGGUAUAAUUAACACAUAUACAGGACAUACAAAGAUCAACAAGGAAAAACCUUUCAAACCAACCAGGAUAGUGACAACACCUGGAGACAAUUUAAUUGUAGCUGAUAUGGAUAUUCAUACCUUACAUGUAUUAGACAAUAAUGGAGAAUUACUGACAUGUUAUAAAACAAGUGACAUAGGAAUACUAUGUCCAUUCUCUCUUGCCUUCACACCAAAGGGACUUCUUCUGAUAGGCUGUGCUCGACCAAAAGGCAAUACAGGCAAGGAAGCAAAGAUAUAUGAAGUGACCAUAUCAGGAUGUUAA